UGCAUCUGGAGGAACUCCCCUCACCCAAUCAGCAGAGAGUAUGCAUGAGUCACUUCCUCGUGUUUACUCUCUUAUUUGGCAGAAAGGGGCUGUCCUUGUUUAACUGGGGAGGAAAAUGGUCGAAAGGAGAGUCAGAAGGCUUCAGUAGACAGAGUGAUUCCAACCGUUUUAUCUCUGACACUUUGUGUCGAACAUUAUCGUGGCAGAAGAAAAGCAGCAGUGAUGGCUGAUGCACAAAAGAUAAAGAAAACUGCAGCCAUGGUGCUGGGCUGCGUGGAGAAGGUGUCCUCCUUUGCCUCCUCCAUCGACCCCAUCUUCGGUAUAGUCUCCUCCCUGGUUGGGGUGGCUCGCAAGGGCCUGAUUCAGGACGAGGAACACCCUCUGGACAAGGAGUUCCAGCCACUCCACUCCAAACUGGAGACCAUCCACGAAAAGAACCAGCAAUGCCUGAAGCGGAUCCGCAUCGACGAGGUGAACGAAACCUACGGCAAGUACGAGGAGUACAUCAAGCACCAGUACACUGCCUUCAACGACAUGGUGGCACAGGUGAAGAAAGAUCCACACAACACCCAGCGCUACAUGGAAAACUAUGAGAAGAUUUAUGAGAGAGACAAGAGUGACAUGAGCCUGGAUGUGUACUACCGUGGUGUGAUGGGUACCAAAUUGUUGUUUGGAAGAACCCUGCUAAAGGUGUACCUGGACAACUGCGACGGCAACCGUGAGAUCAUGGAGCGCCGCUGUUCACACAUCACCCACCUGUUCCACAUGGGCCUCAUCGCCCUCAUGGCCUACACAGCUGUUACAGAGGACGACGAAGACGAGGUGCGUGAGAAGUGGACCAAGAGGGUGGCGGACAUCCAGGAGAAGAUGCAGGAGGUGCUCAGUCAGUGCAAAGACGACUCGUCCUGAACAUGGACCAACAGAGAGAGGACGUCCAGGAACAAUCUCUACUCUCAGCUGUGGACCAAUGAAAAAAGACAAAAUAUGUUAUAAUAUAUAUCUAAAUAAAACCAAAGCCAUGCUGUCCUUUGUGCACUUGCAUUUUAGUUAUUGCAUCAACAUUAUGUAUGUUAUAUUUUUGCUCCAAGAGACCACUAUAUGUUUCAGUUGCUUUGUGUUACAGUACAUGCCAAUAUAUGCUGAUGUUUUAUACAAUCUCUCCAAUUAAAAUGUACAUAUUAUUGGUCGAUAAA